AAAAUAUUCCAUAAUUAUCAUUAUUAGGGCUUUUUAAUUCAGUGGCUCACAUUUUGUCCCUCUUUUUCUCUUUGAUUCUCUUUCACCAUGCCAUCUCCCUGAACUGGCUCUGCAAUUUGUCGAUGAUUUUUACCUGGUUAUUGCCGCCGGUGAGUAUGGACGAGGCAGUAGGUGAUGACGUGUCUGAUCCUGUUAACCACACACGUGUCCGUGAUAAAGAGACGCUAAGGCCCAGUAGCUCCAGCAUGCUUCACUCGACUGACAUGAUAAUGCCUGAUGCAGAUGAUUAUCGCAAUAACUCAAAACACCAAAAUUCAGGUAUUUCGGAUACAAAAAACCAAGACAGGCUUGUUUCAUCCGAACAUGCCAGCGCAAGUCCUCGUUGUCUGGAUAAUGCUGGGAUCAUGGUUGAGGAACUGACUCUGAGAAAUUAUGAUGGUGAGAAAAUGACUGUAGUGGGUGCUUCUAACAAUAGGCAGAACCAUUGGAAGAAUUUGUACCAACGAGAUGGCAGAUCAGGAUAUAAUAAUCCUCACGAACAAGCUGGCCAGGAAGGAAAAGGACAGGCAGAUUCAGGUGAGCGGGUAGAUGACACCGAUGAGUACUUCACUGAGUUACUGAAUGAACUUCAGUCGACACAAAAUUACGACAAUAAUUCUAGCGGUGAAAAUGUUUGGAGCAAUGAGGAUAAAAGUGCCUCAGGUGAAAUUUCGCACCCUUCUGGAAGCAUCCGGACAAAAGUCAUAUCUAAAGCUGGGUUUUCUGAGUUUUUCGUGAAGAGUUCUUUGAGAGAUAAAGGGGUACUACAUAGAAGCGAAUCUGGCAGAGGAUCUGUUACUGAGUCAGAUUUGAAAAAUUCUGCUGCGCCAUCAAAUUUUACCGCAAAGAAGCCUCUUACGGAUGGUGUUGCUAACCCAUUUGAAACUCCUAGUUCUAGAAGUAUCCGUGAUGGCGUUAAUUUAAGGGAAUGGCUGGAAGCAGAUGGAACGAAGGUAGAUAAAGUUGAGAAGAUGCGUAUAUUCAGGCAGGUUCUCAAUCUUGUGGAUAUUUCACAUUCUCAUGGAGUUCCUCUUCAGGACCUGAGGCCUUCCUGCUUCAAGGUGUCAGGGUCACACCAGGUCAUGCAUUUAGGAUCUUCUGUUCAUGAGGGGACUAAAAUAAAAUGGAGAGAUCAAGAUAUUCAUCAUAAUGAAAAGAGGCAAAUGCAUCAUGACAACAGUCACUCUGUGAAGAAGCACAAGUCAGGUGAAAAUGCGAAGUUUAUUCAGAGGUGGAUCCAGUUUCCACCAAGGCCUGCCAAUAGAACUGCAUCUUUAAGUAUUGGUGGUGUAGAAAGUGCCAGCGUUCGGGACCUCAACAGUAAUUUAGAUGAAGAGAACAAUCCAAGAGCUGAGGCUAAGAGCCACAGAAAAUUGUUGGAAAAUGCUGCACCUAAUUCAGAGCAAGCAUUACGUGGAUCCACGAGUUUUAUGUUGGAAGAGAAGUGGUAUACGAGUCCUGAGUCUUUGAAUGAGAAAGGCUGCACCUUUGCGUCAAAUAUCUAUUGCUUGGGGGUCCUUCUAUUUGAGUUACUUUCCCCGUUAGAUUCCGGAAGAUCUCAUGUUGCUGCAAUGAAUGAUUUACGCCAUAGGAUUCUUCCACCUGGGUUUCUUUUGGAGAAUCCCAAGGAAGCUGGAUUUUGUCUUUGGUUACUUCAUCCCGAGCCUUCUUUACGCCCAACCACCAGUAGUUAGAAGUUGGAACGAUACUUCACAGGCAUUUAAGAUUUACUUGCUGCUGCUGAUGGUAUAUGAAUGAGGCUCCUGAAAUUUGACUGCCCCUAUUUUAUUUUGAUUUGGUCUCCAUUGCGUGUGGGUAAGCAACUGCUGACUUUAAUAAUGCUGAACAACAGAGAAAUUUUGCUCUCUGAAUUUAUGAGUGAAUCUGAAGAAUUGAAUGGAAAUGAGGUAUUGUCAUCCAUUGAUGAAGAAGAUGAGGAAUCCGAAUUGUUGUCACAUUUUCUUUUAUCAAUGAAUGAGCAAAAACAAAAGGACGCAUCCAGUCUAAUGGAACAAAUCCAGUGCAUAGAAGCUGAUAUUCAAGAGAUUGAGAAACGGCAGCUCAAGAAAUCUGGUGGUCCAUCUUCAAGUGGGGGGAACGCAAGUUUAGAUGCAUCCUCAAAGAUAGCCUCUGCAAAUGGUACAGAAAUGAUGCGUAAUAUAAAGCAACUAGAAGAUGCUUACUUUUCUAUGAGAUCCAACAUUCAGCUCUCGGACAGCAAUAUAGCCACACAGAGGGAUCGAGAGCUUUUCAGAAGUCACGAAAAUUGGUGCCCUGUAGCAAAUGAAGACAAGUACCAUACCACAGACCAUUUAGGGGGCUUUUAUGAUGGGCUAUGCAAAUAUGCUCGCUAUAACAAAUUCAAGGUACGAGGGGUGAUAAGGAAUGGGGAAUUUAACAGCACCGCAAAUGUUAUUUGCUCCUUGAGUUUUGACCGGGAUGAAGAGUAUUUAGCUGCAGGAGGAGUAUCGAAAAAGAUCAAGAUUUUCGAAUGGGGAGGUCUCUACGAUGACUCUGUUGGCAUUCAUUAUCCAGCUGUCGAGAUGUCGAAUAGGUCAAAGCUCAGCUGCGUUUGCUGGAAUAGCUAUAUCAGAAAUUAUCUUGCAUCGACGGAUUAUGAUGGCGUAGUCAAGUUAUGGGAUGCAUCGACUGGUGAAGGGUUUCUUCAAUUCGCCGAGCAUAGCCAAAGGGCUUGGUCUGUUGAUUUCUCUCGUGUAGAUCCUAGGAAGCUAGCCAGUGGCAGUGAUGAUCGUUUGGUGAAAAUUUGGGGCAUCAAUGAUAGGAACAGUUUAUGCACGAUCAGGAACAGCGCUAACAUCUGUUGUGUUCAGUUCUCCCCUCACUCCACUCACUUGUUGUCCUUCAGCUCUGCCGAUUACAAAACAUAUUGCUUUGAUCUUCGAAACGUAUCCACGCCUUGGUGCGUGUUGGCUGGCCAUGAAAGAGCAGUCAGCUAUGCGAAAUUUUUGGAUGCAGAGACCAUAGUGUCUGCAUCUAUUGAUAAUACUUUGAAAGUUUGGGAUCUAAAGAGAACGAGUCCCCACUCCUUUUCGAGAGAUGCUUGCGUGUUGACUCUCAGUGGGCACACUAAUGAGAAGAACUUUGUUGGCCUGUCGGUUGCUGAUGGAUACAUAGCAUGCGGCUCUGAGACGAAUGAGGUCUAUGCCUACCAUAGAUCACUUCCCAUGCCAAUUACCUCCCACAAAUUUGGUUCAUUCGAUCCCAUAACUGGUAAGGAAACUGAAAAUUGCAAUGGACUGUUUGUCUCGAGCGUUUGCUGGAGAAAAAAGUCGAAUAUGGUGGUUGCCGCCAAUUCAUCCGGCAGUAUCAAACUUCUUCAGUUGGUCUAGAAUUCACUUUUCUUCCCACCUGUGAACUCCCAUUGCAAACCGAGAAAUGAUUACAUGUGAAAGUUUGGGUUUAUGAUAACCUCAACAAGCCAAGUGCACGUGUAUUUCUUCGAAAGUUUGGAGUUCGCUUAAUCGUUUCUCCCAAAUUUUGUAAGGAGCUAAAAUGUGAGAUUAUUAUAUCCACAAUAUUCUCUACAGACGAACGUUAUUGUCAACAUUAUUGUUGUUGGGCUUUUGUAGAGAUGAACCGAGAUUGGAAAUUGUAUAUGUCCGUUUUGCAGGAUUUAUUUAUAUCUGUCGAAAAAAGUCGAUUAAGACGACCAAAGACGAUAAUAUGUGCCGUUGAUUUGUGUUGUUUGAAGAUUUUGUAGGUUCGAAUUCUUGAUGUUGGUUUGGUUGAGAUGGUCUGUUCGGGGGACCUUCAUUGUAUAUAUCCUUGUUUUUGUAUGUAUUUUUAUUUAUAAG